UAACAAAUACAUAAAAAAAGAGAGAACCUUUCUUUCUCUUCAACACCAACCCUGUUCAAAGUUCCGAGCAAAAUGGAAGCACACAGAGGAGAGCUUUUGAAAACAGAAACCCCGGAAAUGAAAAACAGGGGAGCCAUAGAGUUACUCUACAGAGCGUUGCAGCAAGGGGACACAUCGACGGUGGCCAAACUGGUGGCCAGUGAUGUAGAAUGGUGGUUCCAUGGACCGCACCAUUGUCAACACAUGAUGAGGCUGCUAACAGGGGAACAACCGAGCCAGGUUUCCUUCAGGUUUGAGCCAAGCAACGUACAAGUCGUAGUGCCCGGUCAUGGCUGCGUGAUUGCAGAAGGAUGGGAGGGUUCACACGUGUACUGGGUUCACGUGUGGAAGUUGAAAGACGGAGUGGUCACUGAGCUAAGGGAAUAUUUCAACACAUGGCUCACUGUUACGGAUUGCAGUCUUGGCGCAAUAGGAUGGGACAUGGGGCGUUGCACGGUUUGGGAGAGCGUACCAAGGGACCUGGCUCGCGGUUCGUUACCUAGCUUGCUGCUAGCUAUUUAACCAUACAGACCAAAGACUAAACUGACACACUUAUAAUUUUGUGUCUGUCUGGUAAUUUCUUUGCUUUUAUGGAAAA